GAUCUGCUACCAUCCGCUACUAUUUCCUGUUAGCUAAAAGAGCUUUAAUGCCACACCACAUUUGAUCACUUACAGCUAAAGAAUAAGAUCUUUAUAUUUGUACUGUAUAUAGUACUUACUAGAUCAAACGUAAACAUGGCAGAGGCCCUUCAGAAGAAAUUGCAAGCGGAAUUAGAAAAGUAUACAGUGAUGCAGAAAGAUGUCAGCAAGAGCAUGUCAGCCAGACAGAAGCUGGAGACACAGCUGACGGACAACAACAUCGUCAAAGAGGAGCUAGACCUGCUGGACAGCAAAAACACAGUUUAUAAGCUCAUUGGUCCAGUAUUAGUGAAGCAAGACCUGGACGAGGCGAAGGCUACUGUCACCAAAAGGCUCGAGUACAUCAAUGGGGAGAUUCAGAGGUAUGAGACGAUCCUGAAAGACAUGGAAAAGAAAUCUGAACAACACCGAGAACUCCUGUCCAGUUUACAGCAAGAGUAUCAGAAAGCUCAAGGCAUGGCUGUCGGCAAAGUCUGACCACGGAGUUCAGCAGCAUGCCCCCCCUCCCACACAUACACAUACACAUAGGCUUAAAAGAAAGGGAUUGUCAUGAUAGAAGCCCUAAACAUCAGGCUGAGUAAAUUCUACUUGUGUCUUUUCAAUAAUUCAAAGUUAUUACUGUGACUUUCUCUUGUUAAUAAUAAACCUGUUUUUCAUGAA